GGAAGGGCCGCCCCCGCCGCGCGGUGCCGUGCGGCCGUCGCCUCUCCCUGGAAAAUGUCCACCCCCGCCGCGGGGCGGGGAAGUCCCGCUGCCCAGCGCUGCCCGCCGCGGGGUUUCUGCAGGAAAUGCCCCUUCUCGGCCGGGUCUCCCCUGAGCGUGCCGUGGAACGCACGGCGCGGGUUUGUGACGUUUGCGUUUCUGACUUUGGAAGAGAGGAAGUUCUGCAGAAAUGGCAAGAAUUGAGAAAAUGAGCAUCCUCGGAGUGAGGAGUUUUGGUGUAGAGGACAAAGACAAACAAAUUAUCACCUUCUUUAAUCCCCUGACUAUUUUGGUGGGACCAAAUGGUGCAGGAAAAACGACCAUCAUUGAGUGCCUUAAAUACAUAUCCACUGGAGAUUUCCCUCCUGGUACCAAAGGAAAUUCAUUUGUUCAUGAUCCAAAGGUUGCCAAUGAAACAGAUGUUAGAGCUCAGAUUCGAUUACAGUUUCGAGAUGUUAAUGGAGAGCUCCUAGCUGUCCAACGAUCCAUGGUUUGUACCCAGAAAAGCAAGAAAACAGAAUUUAAAACACUUGAAGGAGUCAUUACUAGAACAAAGCAUGGCGAUAAGGUCAGUCUCAGUUCCAAGUGUGCAGAAAUUGAUCGAAUGAUGAUCAGUGCCCUCGGUGUCUCCAAAUCGGUGCUUAACAAUGUCAUUUUCUGCCACCAAGAGGAAUCCAACUGGCCAUUAAGCGAAGGGAAGGCCCUGAAACAAAAAUUUGAUGAGAUCUUCUCAGCAACAAGGUAUAUUAAAGCAUUGGAAACUCUCCGUCAAGUACGGCUGAAACAAGGCUUGAAAGUAAAGGAGUGUCAGACAGAACUGAAGUACCUAAAACAGAACAAAGAAAAAGCACAGGAAAUCCAGGACAAUCUUGCCAACAGAGAAGCUCAGCUGUCUGCUUCUAAGGAGAAUAUAAAAUCUAUUGAGAGUCAGCUUGAUCCGUUAAAGUGUUCUCUGGAAGCGGUUGAGAAGAAUCUCAUGAAAGUGAUGUUGCUAGAUAAUGAGGUGAAAGCCCUGGAGAGCAGGAGGAGGCAGAUGGAAAAGGAUAAUCAAGAUCUGCAACAGAAAAUGGAAAAGGUUUUUCAAGGAUCAGAUGAACAGCUCAGGGAUAGGUACCAGAACCACCAGAGGACAGUGAAGGAAAAGGAGAAGAGGUUAUCAGACUGUAAGCGGGAAUUAGAUAGAGCCUCUAAAGAAUGCCAGAGGUUUAACAGUGAGAAGUCAGAACUACUUAUUGAACGAGGUCGUCUACAGCUGCAAGCAGAUCGUCACCAAGAGCACAUCAAAGUGAGGGAUUCGUUAAUUCAGUCUCUGUCAGCUCAGCUGGAAUUAGAUGGUUUUGAGCAAGCACCUUUUAAUGACAGACAGAUUGCCGUUUUUCAUGAGUUAUUGAAAGAGAGACAGAAGAGUGAUAUGGAAGCUGCAAAUCAGUUAAUGAGAGAAUUCACACAGAAAGAAGCAAUGAAACAAAAACAGAUAGAUGAAAUAAGAGAUAAGAAAACGGGAUUAGAGAGAACCAUUGACCUGAAAUCAGACAUUCAAAGUAAGAGAGAGGCUGAACUGAAGAAUGUAAAGUAUGAACUGCGUCAGUUGGAGGGCUCUUCAGACAGAAUAGUGGAGUUGGAUCAGGAGAUCAUAAAGACAGAACAUGAACUGGAGAAAGCUGAGAGGAACAGCAAUGUAGAAGCUCUGGAACAGGAAGUGCAAACUCUGCAAAAUGAGAAAAUCAACCUGGACAAAGUUCUUCGGAGAUUGGAUCAAGAGAUGGAACAGCUGAAUCUACAUACCACAACUAUUACCCAAAUGGAGAUGCUGAAGAAAGACAAAGCAGACAAAGAGGAGCAGAUUAGAAAAGUAAAAUCAAGACAUUCUGAAGAACUGACAUUACUGCUGGGAUAUUUUCCAAAUAAAAAACAACUUGAAGACUGGCUUCAUGGUAAAAGCACAGAGAUUAAUGAGAAAAGGAAUAGACAUGCCCUGCUUAACAAACAACUGGCAUCAGCAGAACAACAGAAAAAUUACAUCAGUGCUGAACUAAGGAAAAAAGAAGAACAGUUGUCCAGCUAUGAAGCAAAACUUUUUGAUGUUUGUGGAAGCCAAGAUUUUGACAGUAACCUGAACAAACUGCAAGAUGAAAUUGAAAAAAGUUCAAAACAGCGAGCUGUGCUUGCUGGAGCCACUGCGGUUUAUUCACAGUUCAUUACACAACUGACAGAGGAGAAUGAGUCGUGUUGUCCUGUUUGCCAAAGAGUUUUUCAAACAGAGGCUGAACUGCAAGACGUGAUUAGUGAUCUGCAGUCAAAGUUGCGUCUUGCCCCAGACAAACUGAAAUCAACAGAGUCUGAGCUGAAAAGAAGAGAGAAAAAACGUGAUGAGAUGAUGGGUCUUAAACCAAUUAGGCAAACUGUAGUGGAACUCCAAGAAAGGGACAUACCGGACCUGAGGAACAGGCUGCAGACUGUAAACAGGGAUUUUGCACGCCUGAAGGGUGAGAUAGAAGAACAGGAAACCCUUCUGCAAACAGUUCUGUCUGAAAAGGAAGGUGCUAAUGCAUGUUUACAGGACAUCACUCUAAUGGAAAGGUACCAGACUGAUAUUAGGGAUGUUGAAAGAAAAAUUGCUCAGCAAGAGGCUAAGUUGCUAGGGGUCGAUUUAAGUAGAACUGUUCUGCAAGUAAGCCAAGAGAAACAAGAGAAAAAACACUUGUGGGAUACAGUUACUAGUAAAAUUGAGUUAAAUCAAAAAAUCAAGCAAGACCAGCAAAAUCAAAUUCAGGAGCUGAAGAGUGCAGUGAAUGAACUCAGAGCAGAGAAACUUCAGAUUUCCAGCAGCGUGCAGCGUCGUCAGCAACUGGAGGAACAAACGGUGGAAUUAACCACUGAGGUUCAGGCCUUGCACAGAGAGAUUAAGGAAGCAAAAGAACAGGUGUUUCCUUUGGAUGCAACUUUAGAAAAACUGCAGCAAGACAAAGAGGAUCUAAUUAAUAAAAGGACUGCAAGUAAUAAAGAAAUACAAGAGAAGAUGAAUGGCAUAAGAGAGAAGGUUAAAGAUAUAAAUAAGUACAUGAAAGAAAUUGAAAACUAUAUUCAACAAGGAAAAGAAGAAUAUAAGAAGCAAAAGGAGUGUGAACUUGAUGAAGUAAAUUCUCAGUUAAUUGCCUGCGAGAAACAGAAAGAAAAGAUCAGUAAAGAGAUGGAAAUUAUUCGACAGGAUAUUGACACUCAAAAAAUACAGGAGAGAUGGCUGGAGGAUAAUCUUACUUUGAGGAAGCGGAAUGAAGAGCUGAAAGAAGUUGAAGACAAUAUAAAACAACUUGUAAAGGAGAUGGGAGAAAUGAAAGUCCCCCAGCUGAAAAAUGAACAAAAACAUUUAGAGGAGAAAAUAGAAGCUCUGAAAAGAAACCAUCAUGUUGCGCUUGGCCGGCAGCGCGGAUUUGAGGAAGAGAUCGUUCGGUUUAAAAAGGAGCUUCGAGACUCCCAGUUCAAGGAUGCAGAGGAAAAGCACAGGGAGAAGAUGAUUGUUAUGAGAACAACAGAGCUGGUGAACAAAGAUUUGGACAUUUAUUACAAGGCCCUCGAUAAAGCAAUAAUGACAUUUCACAGCAUGAAGAUGCAAGAAAUCAACAAAAUAAUUCGCGACCUUUGGCGAAGUACCUACAGAGGACAAGAUAUUGAAUAUAUAGAAAUUCGUUCUGAUGCAGACGAGAACGUUUCAGCAUCUGAUAAAAGAAGAAGUUACAAUUACAGAGUAGUGAUGAUAAAAGGAGAUACAGCACUGGAUAUGCGAGGAAGAUGUAGUGCUGGGCAAAAGGUGCUUGCUUCUCUCAUCAUUCGUCUCGCUCUGGCAGAAACAUUCUGCCUUAAUUGUGGCAUACUGGCACUAGAUGAGCCUACUACCAAUCUUGAUCGAGAAAAUAUAGAAUCUCUUGCGCAUGCCCUCGUGGAGAUAAUAAAAAGCCGCUCCCGACAACGAAACUUUCAGCUUCUGGUGAUAACUCACGAUGAAGAUUUUGUGGAACUUCUGGGCCGUUCUGAAUACGUGGAAACCUUCUACAGGGUCAGGAAGAACAUUGAUCAGUGCUCGGAGAUCAUGAAGUGCAGCGUCAGCUCCCUUGGCUCAUACGUUCGUUAACAUUUUAAGUAAAUGUGUAUUAUAGAUUGGCUGAAUAGAGCUCAGGUGAUGGCAUCUGAAAAUACUGUGUCUUCACACCAUAUAGCAUCAUGAAAAUUUUAACUGGAAACUAUUACGCUUUUAAACUUUGUAUCUUUAUAGGUAUUUCCGCACCUGGAUUUAAGUGUCGCCAUUAUUUGGUAGCAUGUAAAUGAAUACACAGUAGCUAAUUUUUAGUUGUAUUUUAUGCUUUAAAGGUGAAAAUAAAGGAGUAGUGUUCUUUGUAUACAUCCUGGA